AAAUUGACAUCGGCACGAGUUGACGUUAGAACAUAAAAGAAACAUAAGAAACACUGCAUAACCUAAUUUCGUUUCGGUAAUUAAAGCAAACCAAUGUAUGUUUUAUACAUUCCCCUUUUCUAUAAGUUUUUGUCAGUGAUAUUUCUGGUGUCAGAUAUUCUUUGAUCUCGUCUGAAAUUAAUGAUUUUUCUGGAUGAAUUUCUACUUUUGUAUCAAAACUGAAGGGGAAAGGACUAUUUCGAAGAUAACGAGUGAGAUUAAAUUAUUAUCAGAUGACAUCUGCUUCACAGGAUUUUUACAUAAGCAACGUCAUUAGAAUGGAAAGUCUUUUGAAGACUGAGCAAAGAUGUUAUACAAAACACGUAUAACCCUGUUUCUAUGAAUAUUUACUAAAUUACUGCAAAAUAUAUCUGCUCAACAGAAAGAAGUAAUCACAUCACUGAAAUCUCAAAUCUAUGAGAUAAUCCAUGAUUCAUUGAAAAUAAUUUGAAUAAAUAAGCAUUACAUUUGAGAAAGGAAUCUGAAUGCUUAAGGGUAUUUCACUAAAAUAUUUACAAGUUCUUUAUUCAAACCUGCCAGAUCCUACCUCUCACACCCACCCUACAAUGUCAUUCUAAACGUAAAGAAUCAUAUCGUUGAAAUCUGUAAGAUAAUGAAUGAUUAAUUCAGAGGAAUUUGAAUAAAUAAUCAUUACAUUUGACAGAGUAAUCUGAAUGUUAAUGAGUUAAAGCAAUUGAGAAGGCAGUUUGCAGCAUCUUCAGAUAUUAACAAAGAUCACUUUUGAUGGAGAUAUAUCAGUAGAAAUAUUUGUUCAGAGCAAUAUACGAGAAGAAGGAAAACCUUUGUGUACUGUGACGAGAGAAAGGAAAAUUAUGGAAAAUGAAUUACGUAGGAGUGAAGUUGAAUGUAAAAGAGAGUCUGAAGAAAUUGAUUUUUCUAAUGAGAAAAAGAAUGAAAAGGGCAAAACAGCAUUUGAGUGUGAUAUCUGUGGUAAAAUAUUAUCUCAGAAAGGUAGCUUAGUCACUCACCGACGUAUUCAUACGGGAGAAAGGCCAUAUCACUGUGAUAUCUGUGGUAAAUCAUUCAAUGGUAAAACUGACUUAGUCCGUCACCAACGUAUUCAUACAGGUGAAAGGCCAUAUAACUGUGAUACUUGUGGUAAAUUAUUCUCUCAGAAAUGUAGCUUAGUCACUCACCGACGUCUUCAUACAGGAGAAAGGCCAUUUCACUGUGAUAUCUGUGGUAAAUUAUUCAAUAGUAAAAAUGACUUGGUCGUUCACCAACGCAUUCAUACAGGUGAAAAACCAUAUAACUGUGAUAUCUGUGAUAAGUCGUUUGCUCGGAGAGAUAUCUUGACUAUUCACCAACGUAUUCAUACAAGUGAGAUGCCCUGUUUCUGUGAUAUCUGUGGUAAAAUAUUAUCUCAGAAAGGUAGCUUAGUCACUCACCGAUGUAUUCAUACAGGAGAAAGGCCAUAUCACUGUGAUAUCUGUGGUAAAAUAUUAUCUCAGAAAGGUAGCUUAGUCACUCACCGACGUAUUCAUACAGGAGAAAGGCCAUAUCACUGUGAUAUCUGUGGUAAAUUAUUCAAUGCUAAAACUGACUUAGUCCGUCACCAACGUAUUCAUACAGGUGAAAAACCAUAUACCUGUGAUAUCUGUGGUAAGGCGUUCGCUCGGAGAGGUAACUUGACUAUUCACCGACGUACUCAUACAGGUGAGAUGCCAUAUUUCUGUGAUAUCUGUGGGAAAUCAUUCUCACAAGCUUCUAAUUUAGCGACACACAAACAGUUUCACACAAGAGGAAAAUAUCUACGCUGUGAUGUCUGUGGUAAAUCAUUUCACGAUAUUUAUCAUUUUACUACUCACAAACGCAUUCAUACAGGAGAAAAACCAUAUCAGUGUGAUAUCUGUGGUAAAUCAUUCUUUGCAAACAGUGACUUGACUAGACACAAACUUAUCCAUACAGGAAAGAAGCCAUAUCAGUGUGAUAUCUGUGAUAAAUCAUUCUCUCGAAGUGGUCACUUAUCCACUCACAAAUGUAUCCAUACAGGCGAGAAGCCUUACCGCUGUGAUAUCUGCGGUAAAUCAUUCUCUGUAAAACUAAAAUUAACUCACCACGAACGUAUCCAUAGAAGAGAGAAACCAUAUCAUUGUGACAUUUGUGGUAAAUCAUUCACUCGAAAUGGUCACUUAGCUAUACACAAACUUAUUCAUACAGGUGAGAAACCUUAUCAGUGUGAUAUCUGUGGUAAAUCAUUCUCCUUGAGAUUUAAGUUAGCUAUGCACAAACUUACUCAUACAGGAGAAAGACCAUAUCAGUGUGAUAUCUGUGGUAAAUCCUUCACUAGAAAUGACACCUUAGCUACACACAAACGUAUUCAUACAGGUGAGAAACCACAUCACUGUGAUAUCUGUGGGAAAUCAUUCUCUGAAAAAGGUAAAGUUCUUACUCACAAACAUAGUCACACAGGUGAAAAACCGUAUAAAUGUGACACCUGUGGUAAAUUAUUCUCUCAAAAUAGCAGCUUGACUACUCAUAAACGGGUCCAUACGGGAGAGAGACCCUACCAUUGUGAUAUCUGUGGAAAGUCAUUCUCUGGAAGUAGUAACUUAAUCAGGCACAGGCGUACUCAUACAGGUGAGAAACCGUAUUGUUGUGAUAUCUGUGGUAAAUCGUUCUGUGAAAAUGGAGACUUAACUAAACAUAGACGUAUUCAUACAGGUGAGAAACCAUAUCAUUGUGAUAUCUGUGGCAAAUCUUUCUCCGAGAGUGGUAAAAUAUCAGCACACAAGCGUAGUCAUACUGGAGAGAAACCGUAUCGCUGUGAUGUCUGUGGUAAAUCAUUCUCUCAUAGUCAUGCUUUGAUUACACACAAACGCAUUCAUACAGGAGGGAAACCAUAUCGCUGUGAUAUCUGUGGUAGUUCAUUCGCUCAAAUUGGUCAUCUAACUAUUCAUAAACGUGUCCAUACCGGAGAAAAACCAUAUCACUGUGAUGUCUGUGGUAAAUCGUUUUCCGACGGAGGCUGUUUGACUAAACACAAACGCAUUCACACAGGAGAGAAACCAUAUCAGUGCGAUAUCUGUGGCAAGUCAUUCUUUCGCAAUCAUCAUUUGAUUAGACACAAACGUAUUCAUACAGGAGAAAAUCCAUAUCACUGUGAUAUCUGUGGUAAAUCCUUCUCUGAAAGUAGUAACUUGACUACGCACAGACGUAUCCAUACAGGAGAGAAACCAUAUCACUGUGAGAUCUGUGGUAAAUCAUUUGCUGAAAAAGGGAAGCUAAAUACACACAUGCAUAUUCACACGGGAGAGAGACCGUAUCAGUGUGAUAUCUGUGGUAAAUCUUUCUCUGAUGGAAGUCACUUAACUAAACAUAAGCGUGUUCAUACAGGAGAGAAACCAUUUCACUGUGAUAUCUGUGGCAAAUCGUUCUCUCGAAAUGAACACUUAACUAUACACAAACGAAUUCAUACAGGAGAGAAGCCAUACACAUGCGAUAUAUGUGAUAAAUCAUUCUCUGAAAAGGGUACUCUUAAAACACAUAAGCACAUUCAUAAGGGGCCAGAAUCCCCUGUCACUGUGAUGUCUUUGGUGUAAUCAUUUUCAUUGCGGUCCCCAGUGCAUGUUUUUAAUUUGUUAACUUUUGCUGUUCCACUGUCCUGAAGCAAGUUGUCCGGAUCUUUUCCUUUUGAACGGCAGACAAUUUCUAGUUAACUAAACACUUUUAAGCUUCGUAUACUGGUAGAAUGUGUUUAUAAAA